UUGAGCAGCUGUUGAGUGUGUGUUUUUUUUAGACCAGUUCUCGUCGGCCAACACGUGGGGAGAAGAGAUUGACUUUGUACGGAACACUUUUUAUGGUCGAAAAAGGGACGCUCCAUUUACACCUUGCUUGACCGGUCUUGCUCUCAUCGUGGCGGCAUUAAGGACGCUAAAUUACUGUGUAGCUAGUGUCCUGAGAUGCCGCUGAGGUUUCGCUCGGUUGUGCCCUACACACUGCCUGGAGUUCUGGCACUGAUUGGAUGGUGGUGGUACAUCUCCCGCAAGAAAGAGCGUCUCAUUAGCCAUGACGAACCAGAUGAAGCUUCAAAAAUCGCACCCCUUAGAACAUCUGUAGCAGUGGGUAGCAAUGGUGUUUGUGAAAAAGGGACUGAAUCUUCUACAAACGACACAGAACAUCACCUCAUUUGCAGACAAGUAACUAAUCAAGACAAGGAGCAGGAAAAUAUCUCCCAAACUCUUGUUCAGGAUGCAUAUGCAGCAUGUUCAGUGGGACAAUCUUCCAAAGAGGCAGCAUCUGAAACUUGUGGAAGGAGACUGAAUAUUGAUAGAACUCUGCCACCCUAUGAGCAGGGCGACAGUCACAAAGUGUCACUAAAAGAACAUGGAUUCAAGAAGAAAAGCCCAGCAACUGCCUUGGCUACAGAGGCAGAAAUCUACCUUAAGAGUGAACUAACUUGUGCUGCGGAAGCCACUGUUAAAGAGAUUGACUUGCCCUGCCAAUCCACCAAAGUUAUGCACUCGACCUCCUCGUCGACGUGCCUUUCAGAUGCAGAGAGGCCUGAGCCAGAGGGUGAGGUUGCAAAAAACUACAACAUUAUGACACAAAGUGAUGCCUGUGUGGUCACCCCCGCUAAAGUGCAGAGAGGGAUCUCAUCACAGUUUGAUUCUCUAGAAACACCUACAACCCUGCAUGAUUUCAAUCAACACAUCCUAACCAGCACUCCUACCUCCACUCUUCUGACCUUUAAAGCCCAGACCAAGUCAUUGACUUCACAGGAAAUCCUGGUUCACUGCAAUAAUGGUGAAAAACAAGAUUUGGAGGUUCUGGCAGCUGGGCUCAUAACUGAGGUAAUCUCGGCAGCCACCCAGCAGGUCCUUGGUGUCACCAGCUGCCAGGCUCCUGACAAAAGCAAGCUGUGCCACCACAGUUUGUCUGAUGCCCCUCAACAGAGCAAAGAGCAAGUGAUGCUGAAUGGCUGUUCUGCAGUGUCUGAAUGGGAGUCUGUUAAUAUCAGUGGAUUGGUUUAUCAGUCGGAUAAUAUGCAGGUAGACCCUUUGCCAAAACUGUCUUACCAAGCAGCAAUGAGUACGCCUCUGCCAGGUAUUGAACAGAAAGGUGUUGAAUCGGCUACACAGGCUGAAGACUCUGCUUGUAGCACAUGCCACUCUGAGGAUGGCAUUAGCAGCGAGGACCACAGAAUGUUCGACAAGAGGGAUAUCUUCCAGGUUACAGACUUGUCAGAAAGAGAAGACACACAAUCCCAAUCACUGGCUGAGACAACAACAGAGGUGAUGAUUUUGGCUUUGACUGAAGAAAAUUCAGCGAAUGUAAAUAGACUUGAUGGAAUGAACUUGAGGAAUGGAGCUCAUGGUACAUGUGAAGUGGAAACAGACCAGUCUGGAGGCUCUGAUGUGAACAGCAUGGACUCUGGUGACAGCGGCUGCACGAUGGGCGCUGGGGAAAGUCAAAGUAACCUUGCUACUUCAAGUUUAGAGCUUGUCAUCUGGGAGAUAGAAAUUCCAAAGGGUCUUGUUGGGCGCUUAAUUGGUAGGCAAGGAAGAUAUGUGAGUUUCCUGAAGCAGACCUCAGGCGCAAAGAUCUACAUCUCAGCCUUGCCUUACACACAGGAGUUCCAAAUAUGUCACAUAGAAGGUAUGCAGCAGCAAGUGGACAAAGCCCUAUCCCUGAUUGGGAAGAAAUUUAAAGAUCUGGAGUUGACCAACAUUUAUGCACCUCCACCGCCACCCCUGACAUUGCCAUCACUCCCCAUUACUUCCUGGCUUCUUAUGCCCAGUGGCGUGACUGUGGAAGUGAUCGUGGUGAAUAUUGUGUCAGCCGGGCACAUCUUUGUCCAGCAGCACACCCAUCCUACUUACCAUGCCUUGAGGAGCCUCGACCAGCAGAUGUUCUUGUGCUACUCCCAGCCAGGCAUACCCACCCUUCCCUCACCUGCGGAAGUUGGAGUAAUAUGUGCUGCUCCAGCAGUGGAAGGAGCAUGGUGGAGAGCUCAGGUCAUCACUUUCUAUAAGGAAUCAAAUGAGGCGGAAAUAAGAUAUGUUGAUUACGGUGGCUAUGAUCGAGUCAAGAUUGACUUACUACGGCAAAUAAGGUCUGAUUUUGUAACGUUGCCGUUUCAAGGGGCUGAAGUAUUGCUUGACAACAUCGCUCCCUUACCAGGAGAAGAUUGUUUUUCUUCUGAGGCCACAUCAGCUUUAGAGGAGAUGACACGGGGUGCCGCACUGCUUGCACAAGUCUCAAACUACGAUGAUAAUACUGGUCUUCCUCUGGUUCAUCUGUGGAACAUGGUAGGGGAGGAGGUUUUCUCAAUAAACCGUUCGUUGGCAGAGAGGGGCCUGGGGGUCUGGUUGGAUGGAUUUUGAACCAUCAUCGUUAAGACACAUCACUGGAUGAAGUUCUUUUUUUUUUCUUUGAUGUCCUUUUCCUUUCUUAAAAAAAUAAAAUAAAAUUAGUUUUCAGGCAUAGUCUGCAAGAACAGCACUGUUCCAAAAUUGUAUUUAGGACGACCAUUCUUUUCCAAAUGCACUAAAAAACAAACAAAAUAAGUACUUUUUUAAAAUGUAUUUAUAUAUAUAUAUAUGUAUAUAUAUAUAUAUAUAUAUAUAUAUACAUUAUUUUUUAAAGUAUAAAAUGUAAGUGAAUAAAGGGUAACCCAAUGUUAUUUAUUCAACUAUACGUUUUUUCACUGUUUGAAAAUCAUCAUGCUGUAGACCUUUAAUUACUAAUUCACUGACAACUGGGUUUACAUUUCAGCCAGUUUGUGUUAAACAAAUGCUACAAAAAGCCUCACAAAAAAUGUGCCUGUUUAGACCAGUGUUUACCAUAGUUUGAGACACUCCACAUAUUUUUCGUGACAAAAAUUCAGGGCACACCACCAAGCAUGCCAUGACUUAUUGUUUUAUGAAUCACUAAUUAUACAUGCCAUCUGGAUGAUGAUAAUGUUGUUAUGCCUUCCACUAUACUGGCACACAGGCAUAGCUAAACAAAUAUAUUUGUAAUAAAUUAUCCUUUUGGGACCAAUUAGGUAGACCUGGUCAGCUCAUGGGGCUGUGGUUGGGAAUCACCGGGCUAAGCAACAGUCGAGUCUGCAACUUUGACAAAACUGAAUGGUUGUCUUUGUCGCCACCAAAUACUGUUUAGGGGGAAGCAUCAAAUGAUUUGACUUUUAGACCCUGCCAACUUUCCAAUACGCAUGUUUUUAAGACUACUGAGGACCCUUAGUUUUCGUUAGUGAUCAGUACCAAAAGGUCGGACAAAAAACGAAUCCAUGUUUCCCAUUAGAAAUUAUGUAAAUCCAAUUCAAUUGUAGACAUACAAAACACAUUUUAUAGAAAUAUAGCUUUCCAUACAGAAAACAAUGAGAACCACAAUGACUGAAAUGGAUGAAUAAACAUUUACAUAACUUCACCAAUAUUGUUGAAGGCGCUUGAAGGGCCACACAGAUGCCACCUUUGUACUUUGAGUUCUUUCUUGAAUUCAGUAGUGUUUCUCACCUUCUUUUUUAAAGUGCUGGCACUUGCUACUUUAUUUGGCCCCAUGGUGGCUUAUUUUGCAGUUCGAUUGUGCGGUUCUAUUCAAAGUAGGGAGUGCUUUUCUGACUAUUUAAAUGAUCAAUAUUGUUUAAAAAAACUAACCGCUAAACCUAAAGGGAAAUAAAGCUCCUCAACAUACACUACUUGGUUUUGUUAACCAACAAAAUACCAAUUCAAUGUAACAUUGGAUAUGAAAGAACGCUACAUGACAGAACGCUACAUGACAUUGACAAGUCUGAUCUUUUUUAAAAAAAUGUUUGUUGUGGCCUCUGUAAAAUGGUGCAAUAUUGGGAAAGCAUCUGUGCUGUCAUUGUAUUAUUUUUAUGCUAAUAUUUAUAAACCUGCUAAAAGUAAUCCAGCACAAAUCUGAUACCCCCAUUAUCCUAAUGCAAGGUUAACAAUCGGGGAAAAUAUUUUACGAAUGCAUUUAACUGCUGCCAAUUUCUUAAUACAUUAAUAUCCAAAGUGCAGCGAGGGGCCCGUUUUUGCCCACUCAUUUUGCAUUGGCCCUUUGCAUAUUCUAUAAAUUUAUUAGUAAGUAUAGCCCCCCACAUCCUUCUGUCUUAAUGUGUCUUGGAUGUUUAAAUUGAAAUGGUAACAAUUUUAAUAACUUGCUUUAACAAACAUUUCACAUUGUGUAUCAAACACUUAACUGCCUACAUUUGACCAACCUUAAUGAGUCAACUUCUGUGUAGUCAAACCUACAUUGUUGUCUUGAGCCAGGAUGGUAAAUGUGAAUAAGUACUUAAACGAUAAUGUCCUAUUUUACCAAAUCACCCUCUUGUCCAAGUCAACUUUUUUUUUCAGGGGGGACACAACAGUGUUAUAUGUACUGAGUAUUUAUUUAUUCAUUAAUCAAUGCCCAAAACUUAAUUCGGCAGGGAUGUCCACAAUGCGACCUGCUGCUCGUUUUCUUUAAUAGGAUUUUGGCAUAUUGUUAAAAUAAAAUGGAUUUGUAAUGAGAUAUAUUAGAUAUUUCACUAAUUUGCUUUGUGACUUAUAUGUUGUUCAAAACUUAGUGUAUAUUGACUUUAAAGUACAAAAUGUAUUAAAAGAACUGUCAAAAUGUUCUGUUUGCGGACCUCAGAAUCCGUUUGGAUGCCGUUGCAUUAAUCUGGCGUGAGUACAUGCAGGCAAGCGAUAGAGGGAUUUCCUAAAUAAAAGUGGAGCACUAGCCAUAUUGUUGCUGGCACACAGGAACUGUCCUGUAUUUUUGUUCUUUCAAUUGAAGUAAUAAAUAUGCUCUUCUGCAAUGUAAUUAUGUUAACUCCCACCAUACCUACAGUAGUUUCUCCAUUUCUCUGUAAAUAAGAUAUAUUACUCUACUUUUAUAUAACACUGAUCGAAAGGGAAAUGUUUUUUUUUCCUAUCUUCAUCCUGCCUCAAUCUCUGUCAUCAAUGUUAUUUUUUUAAGAUGUGGGACUGUUUUUGUGUUUGCAUAGCUAGACACGUUAUUAUUGGAUUAUUUUUUAAACUAGUUUUGCUGUGCCCAAAAGAUUUGACAUGUACAGAUGAUUUUUUGCUAGACUAAUGUUAAUUUGGAUUGUACAGAAUUAUAAGGAGGGGAAACAAUAAAGUGUGUUGAAGUGUA